AUGCUAAGCUGGCAUGUCAAUUCUACCUUCUCUAUCCACUCAAUAACUGACUCUAACAGAACUGCUAACGCACCUGAUAGUCACCCGCCGUCAGAAUUUUUGAUAUUGACAAAACGUGUUGAAAAGAACUCUGGAAUUUAUCAAGUUCAUUUCUACCAAAUGAUGAAAUGCUUCAAGGCUUUUGGUCAAGAGUUUAAUAAUGGUGCUGGAAAUAACUGUGUCAAUAAAAUAAAUAAAGAUGAAAAUCAAAAGGAUACAAACAUUAAAAUCCUUUCUGAAAUGCCUGAACUGGAGGAUAUUGAUGAUGAUGAUAUAUUGCAGUAUGACAUUUUGAACAAUCGGUCAUCCAACAACAAAACAAAUUUUACUUGUACAAAUAGCAAAAAAUGCUGUGAAUAUAAAAUAAACCUUCAACCUGAUUCCAAAGGAUUAUUUUCUUUAUCUAUAAACAGAAAAGAUUCUUGUUUCAAGUCAAAGAAGGACAUCAGAGAAAAAUUAAGUCAAUUUGGUUCAGUUUCAGAUGUUUAUUUCUCAUCAGAUUCCGUUGUUGUAAAAAUACCUUCAAUGAGGCAAAUUCUAAAUAUCUCCAAGGCUUUGAAUGAAGAAUUAGACAUGUGCUUUGGAGACAAUUCCCUGAAAAGGAAUCCAGAGAAUAGUCAUGCAAAAAUCUACAUAGGCAACAUAGCUGUAAAAGCAUCAAGAAUUAUUAAAAAUAUUUUUACUCAGUAUGGCUCUGUUUCAAGCGUCUCUUUCAUAGAUGAUUUUGCCUUAGCAAAUUUACCAAACAGACUUGAAGCUGAGAAAACUGUAGAAAUGUACAAUAAUAAAGUUUUUAUGGGGCAUAAAUUGGUUGUAAGACUUGAUGAUAAGCAGAUGUCUACCCAUAAUGCAUCAGGUUCACAAAAGAAGAAACAGGAAUUUCUUAAAUGUUCCCCUUCUGCAAAAGAUAAUCAACAACAAGAAAUAAAUUGCCAGCUAACAAAUUCAUUAACUCAUGGAAUUACAAAUCAAGAAACUUUCAUCAAAUCUCCAACUCACAGUUUAACAAAUAAGAAUUUGGACCAGCAUAAACAGCAGAUGAAAGAGGAAAACCAGUUAAUAAAAGUUUCUCAAUUUGAUGAUCCCUUUCAAGCAGAAGCUGCAAAGAUGGCUGUUCUUGUAAAACAUUUCCAAAUCCAACCCUGUUUGAGUUCAUCCUCAGAUACAUUGCAAGUGAUGAUUACAUCAGUAAUCAACAAUGAAUUAUUUUGGGGCAACAUUUUUUAUUCUUUAAGCAAUGAUGUGACUGAUUUUAUGGUUGUGCACAAUGAAAUACAGUCUACUGCUUUGAGUUGGCCAGAUUACAUUUUAUCAAAGAAAGAAAUGAAAUGUGUUGCUUUGUAUCAAGAUGAAUGGUAUAGAGCUUGGGUUCUCAAUACAGUUAGGAAUGAUGCAGUUAAAGUUUUCUUUUUGGAUUAUGGAAAUACUUCAGAAAUUGAUUUGAAAUAUAUCAGAUCUCCCAACGAAUCUAUAUGGAAAUUGCCUCCCAAAGCAAGAGCCUUCAGAAUAGACAGUAAUUCUAAGAAACUAACAACAAAUGCUGAGAAUCAGAUCUUUGAUAUAAAAAUUUGUAAAUCCGGGAACAUGGCCAAUGGUUUUAUUUCUGUUGCUUCAUUGAUUUGCCAUUGA